UUAUGAUAACAGUUUGCAAGGGUCUUUCCCUCCAAUGGUUCGUACUUACUCUCCAAGUUGUUUUCAGGAUGGUGCGGUGUUGGCGUGGGACAUUAAAACAACCUUUCGGCAUAAAGCUGUUCUGGAAUAUCCACCACGCACAUCCACGAUUUCUCAAUAAGACGGUCCUUGUUGUCAACAACGAUGUCACAGCAGCUUUCCAUUUACUUAACAGGUUAAUGAACAAUGAAGGUCUACUGGAUAUCCUGCGAAAAACACGAUAUUACCGAAAACCAUACAUGCAGCGGAAUGAAUUGUCUAGAGAAAUCUCAAAAGCAAUCAUCAAUGAAGAUAUGCGAAGGAAAAUACAGUUUCUGAUGCGAAAAAAUCGACCUGAUCCAUACCCAGGCCAAAUGACCACGUGACUCUAUCGUAGGUGGCGCGAUAAUAUUAGGUUCUUAUAGGUGCUUCUACAUACUUUCUCUCACUUUAAUCCACUCUACUUUCUCUCUCCUUAGUCCACUCCAAACCCCUUUCAGUGUCAUUUCUGUGAAACACAUUCAUUACAAACGGAAGCCUCGAAAAUUUGUUGAACUGCGAGAUGAUAUUGAUGAUUAAGGAAAUGACCUCGACAGUUUUCUAAAAACCGUUCAGUAAGAAAAAUGAGAGUUAGGGUCACUUUUUAUCUGUGCUGAACUAUGUAUUUUAAUGCUGCUGAACACUCCCCGUUGAACGGUUUCAUACAACUUUUUCCUUGUAAAUUUAUUCAGUGUAUAAAUCAGUAAGUCUUUAUUGAUGCAGAAAUAAAAUAAAAGAAAACCAAACAACAGUGUAAAGAAAUUUUAAGAAAUUUCUUUUUGUUUUAAAUAUGAA